AGGUCAUCCGCGCUGCUGCUGCCCCGGUCUCCGGUGUGGAUUUACAUACCCUGGUUUCCGUGGGACUGGGAAGCGAAAGAGAAGAAGGGGGGUGGUGGAGAGCCUUUCAGGAACUGAGGGAACAGCCACCAAACACGGCGCAACUCCCCGGAGCAGCCGCCCGUAGCUCCGCCGCUGGCCCCCGUCUCUCUCCUCCCUCAAUCGGACACUUUUCUGCGCUCCUCUCGCUCCUCGCCGGGACGGUUUUUCACACUCCGCUCCCAGGAGCGCUGGGGAGGACUUUUGGAGGAGACGGGAAGGAGUUACGAGUUGAACCCGGUUUGAAGGGCUGUGGCCAUGGCCGGGGGUGGAGGUGGCGGCGGGGUUUCUCCGUUGGGCCCCGCGCCGCCGAUGUGGUAUCACCGGGACCUGAGUCGAGCGGCGGCCGAGGAGCUGCUCGCCCGGGCGGGCAGAGACGGCAGCUUCCUGGUGCGGGACAGCGAGAGUGUCAACGGGGCGUACGCGCUGUGUGUGCUGUUUCAGAAGCAUGUGCACACGUACAGAAUCCUCCCAGACGACGAAGGAUUUCUGGCCGUGCAGACGUCUCAGGGAGUGCAGCCAAAGAGGUUUAAGACGUUGCCAGAGUUGGUGUCGUUGUACCUGCAGCCCAGCCAGGGUCUGGUAACCACCCUGCUUUACCCCGUGGACCGAGAGGAGACGGCGAUCAGUGACGACCGGGACUAUUCAGAUGGGGAGGAUGAGAAGCCGCCCCUCCCGCCUCGCUCUGCCUCCACCUCCACUCCUCCCGGACCAGACACGCCAACAGAGAGUAGUGCUCCAGCAGCUAAUGGCCUGAGCACCAUUUCUCACGAGUACCUGAAGGGCAGCUACGCUUUGGACCUGGAGGCCGUCAAACAAGGAGCCUGCGCUCUGCCCCACCUCAACAAGACGCUCGUGGCCUCCUGCAAACGCCUCAAUGGAGAAGUGGAUAAAGUCCUGUCUGGUCUGGAGAUCCUGUCUAAAGUCUUUGAUCAGCAGAGCGCCUUCAUGGUUUCCAAGAUGAUCCAACAGUCGGUGAAUCAGGGUGGAGACCAGGAGUUGGAGAACCUCGUGACCAAACUGGCGAUUCUCAAAGACCUGCUGUCCUCCAUAGAGAAGAAGGCUCUGAAAGCUCUGCAGGACAUGAGUCUGUCCUCUCCGUGCUCCCCUCCUCCUCUCUCCAUGCGUCACAGCAAAGCCAUUCCAGUGCAAGCUUUCGAGGUGAAGUUAGAUGUUUACCUGGCAGAACUGACAAAGAUCGGAAAGAGCCAGAAGUACACGUUAUCUGUGGAUGUGGAGGGAGGCCGGCUGGUGGUGAUGAAGAAAGUGAAGGACAACCAGGAGGACUGGACCACCUACACACACGACAAAAUACGUCAGCUGAUCAAGUCUCAGCGGGUGCAGAAUAAGCUGGGUAUUGUGUUUGAGAAGGAGAAGGAUAAGAGCCAGAGGAAGGACUUCAUCUUUGCGAGUGCCAAGAAACGGGAGGCAUUUUGCCAGCUGCUGCAGCUGAUGAAGAACAAACAUUCCAACCAAGAUGAGCCAGACAUGAUUUCCAUCUUCAUCGGCACCUGGAACAUGGGCUCGGUGCCUUCACCCAAGUCGGUGGCCUCGUGGGUGUUGUGCCGUGGUCUGGGGAAGACCCUGGACGAGAUGACUGUGACCAUCCCCCAUGACCUGUACGUGUUCGGCACCCAGGAGAACUCGGUGUGUGAACGGGAGUGGGUGGAGUCUCUCCGCGCCAUCUUGAAAGAUCAGACAGAGCUGGAUUACAAACCGAUUGCCGUGCAGACGCUGUGGAACAUCAAAAUUGCUGUGUUGGUGAAACCUGAACAUGAGAAUCGCAUCAGCCACGUCGGGAUGUCCAGUGUCAAGACGGGAAUCGCCAACACGCUGGGUAACAAAGGCGCAGUUGGUGUAUCGUUCAUGUUCAAUGGAACGUCGUUCGGGUUUGUGAAUUGUCACCUGACGUCAGGGAAUGAGAAGAUCGCCAGGAGAAACCAGAACUACCUUGAUAUCCUGCGGCUCCUGUCAUUGGGAGACAAACAGCUGAGCUCCUUCGACAUUUCAUUGCGCUUCACACACCUCUUUUGGCUGGGAGAUCUCAACUACAGGCUGGAUAUGGACAUUCAGGAGAUUUUAAACUACAUCAACAGGAAGGAGUUUGAUCCCUUGCUGAAAGUGGACCAGCUCAAUCUGGAGAGGGAGAAAAAUAAAGUCUUUUUACGCUUCGCGGAAGAGGAGAUCUCCUUCCCGCCCACCUAUCGCUACGAACGAGGCUCAAGAGACACGUAUGUGUGGCAGAAGCAGAAGGCCACAGGGAUGAGGACGAACGUUCCCUCCUGGUGCGACCGGAUACUGUGGAAGUCCUACCCCGAAACGCACAUCGUCUGCAACUCCUAUGGGUGUACAGAUGACAUUGUGACCAGUGAUCAUUCCCCUGUGUUUGCUACGUUCGAGGUGGGGGUCACCUCACAGUUCGUCUCCAAGAAAGGUCUUCCGAAGUCCUCGGAGCAGGCCUACAUCGAGUUUGAAAGCAUCGAGGCCAUCGUGAAGACGGCGAGCAGGACGAAGUUCUUCAUUGAGUUUUACUCCACUUGUCUGGAAGAGUUUAAAAAGAGUUACGAGAACGACAGCCAGAGCAGCGACAACGUCAACUUCCUGCGCGUGGGAUGGUCCAACAAGCAGCUGACCACGCUGAAGCCUCUCCUGUCAGAGAUCGAGUACCUGCAGGACCAGCACCUGCUGCUGACGGUGAAAUCCCUGGAUGGAUACGAGUCCUACGGCGAGUGUGUGCUGGCGCUCAAGUCGAUGAUUGGCAGCACGGCACAGCAGUUUCACACCUAUCUGUCCCACCGCGGCGAGGAAACGGGGAACAUCCGAGGGUCCAUGAGGGUCAGAGUGCCCUCAGAGAGGAUGGGAACCAGGGAGCGGCUGUAUGAGUGGAUCAGUGUGGACAAAGAUGAGACCGGAGGACCCAAAGUGAAAUCAACCUUGGCAACCAGAGUGGGCCACGAGUAUGUGAAGCCAUCGAUGAUGCAGAAACAGUUUGGCGAGCUGGGGAAAGUCAGCGAGGAGGGGGAAAGGAGCGCAAAGGAGGAGACUGCGGCGAGACCGAAGCAGGAUGCGUCUGAUGGCGAUCCGUCCAUCAGCAAGAACAGCUACAACAACCCCGCCUACUACAUCCUGGAGGGCGUUCCCAACCAGUCAGCUGCAGCCAUGUCGCCUGAACUCCUCCCCUCUCCCACGUCGGCGAACCCCCAGACGGCCAAAGCCCCCCCUGCCCCUGCUGGGGCGCGGACCAAACCCCCGUGUCCGGCGUCCGGGGCCGCACACCAGCGCCGGCCCCCGACGGGACACCCCGUCCGCACCAUCAGCGAGGAGGGCUCCUCGGAAGACGACAGAGGCGGCUGCGUGGCGGCGGCGCCGGGUGGAGGCGUCGGAGGAACAGUUGGCAGCACGCUGAACCGGCCCCCUCCCGACUUUCCUCCUCCGCCGCUCCCCAAAGGAGCCCUGGAGAUGGUCCCAGAGACCCCCUUCACCAAGCCCCGCGCCCUUUACCCGGACCUGGCUGAGGUCAGGAUCCCCGCGGCGGGCCCCGGUGCGCAGCUCGCCGUCGGAGAGGGCUUCAGGCGCUCAGCAGGAGGUGGGGGGGGAGGGGGAGGAGGAGGAGGAGGGGGAGGGGGAGGGGCGCUGGACGACCAGUCCUGUUCCGUACUGCAGAUGGCAAAGACUCUGAGUGAGAGUGAGUUUUCUGGACAGCCUCCGCGCGCUCCCUCGGCUCCGCCCCCUCUGAGAGCGCAGCCCAUGGGUCUCGGUCUGGAGGCCUGCCGCACCUUCCCCCCCAGGAACCCCAUCCCAGAGAGCAUCGCCGAGGACAUGCCCGAGGAGGCACUGUGGGGCAGCAGCAGCUCUUCUUUAUCUGUGGGCGACUCCUCGGUGGGAGAGUGGCUGCAGAGACUUGGACUGGAGCGAUACGAGCAGGGUCUUCUGCACAACGGCUGGGACGACCUGGAGUUCCUCAGUGAUAUCACUGAAGAGGACCUGGAGGAGUCCGGCGUGCUGGACCCCGCCCACAAGCGAAUCCUGCUGGAGAGCCUGCGGCAGCAGCAGCAGCAGAAGUGAACUCUCGACUGCUCUGGUCCGAGCCAGCAUGGACUCACUCACCAGGUCCCACAGAGGCCAGAAUGUCAGCUGGACCGAGCUGGACCGUGCCAAUUGAUGCCAGACUGUGCCUUCUUCAGAGAAAUUGCACUCCAUUUGUACUUUAACAAACACUCAUUGAACCAACGUCAUUUUUCACGUGUACUGUAUGUGCGUCGUCAUCCGCGGAGAUGUGGCCUUAUUUAAUGAGAAUUGCGUCAGUCCUCUGAGCAUCACUACAUGACCGUUUGGAUUUGAAUCCAGAUAAGAGACUGCAUUUCAUGUUUCGUGCCGUCAGAUCGGGCCUGCAGCUUCAAAAUAGUAUUGAAAUCUAGUUAUUUUGCUUCUUUUUCCUGAGAAACUCUUUCUGAAGAGUGACUGAAUUCAAGAUUUUCCACAAGUGUGGAAACGUUCUGACUUUUUAGAGUUUAAGCAAAAGGAGGGGAGACCUUUCAUUUCGGGGGCAUUAUAAAACACUGUUGCCGGCGUUCUGGGUUAAUUUUGCCCUCAGUUCUGACUCUGUCAUCAACACUCUGAGCCUCGCGUUUCCUCCCUGCUCGUGGUUUCAUUUGGGAAGCUGCGGUUCUCGUCAGAGAGCACUCAGGCCACAGCUCGGGCAGAGGAGCCGUUUAAUUCAAGCAGGAUGUGUUUGGAAAACACAAGCUAUCAAAGCCAGACUGAAGUGAGCCGAACUCACAUGUUUCACGUUUGUGUACUUCUGAAGAUGAUGUCUGACGUCUGGGCCACUGUUAUUUAAACGGUGGACUGCGUUGUCCCGGUUUCUCUGCAUGUAUUUAUUGAUAUAAAGGGAAUAUUGAGAAGAGUAAAACCAACCAAAUCCAUCCUGUUAAUGCUACAAGUGCGAGUUUCACCGUGGUACAGCAGCGAAGCGACUGUUUGCUGUCUGGUUAAGUACCUUAAAGAGUUUUCAGCGUGUUGGAGGAGAAUAUAUGUGGACUGUAACUGUUGUUACUGUGAGACUUUUUGUUUUGUUCUUUAUUUGAAUUUCUCUCCGCUUAGUUUAAAUUUUAACAUUUUUUCCCCCUUUGAUUGGUUGUUUCUUCUGAAAAAUCAAAUGUGGGAAAUAAUACUGGAAAACGUGUUUUUCCCGGUUUCUGCUAAUGUGAGGACACCUGUUCCAUUUCAUGACCGUUAGAUGGCGCUGCUAUCCCACCAAACCUCUCCAGUUUGUGGGAACAUCAUUUCCUAACUGAGUAAGCAGAGUGAAGCUCUGUGGUCGUUCUGAAUGCUUAGUGUGAACCUGGAAGUGGCUCACAGUCCCGUGUUCCUUCAGACUCGCUGAAGGUGCCACAAAUUCAAUCUCACCUCCUCUUCUGCUCCUGAAACAGGAAGACGAAUUUGGAAAACCAGUUAAUGCAGAACUCUCUCUGUAUGCCUUUGUUUAUUCAGGGUGUAUCGUGUUAAGUGGUUUGUUAAGAGUUUGAUUUUGAUGCACCUUAGUCCCCCCCACCAUGUAAACAACAUUCUGUUCGGAAAAAGUCCUGAGAAUUUGAACAUUUGUUAAAAUGUGGCUAAAAAUGCUGAAACUUUUUUUUUUCAGAUUUCUUACUUGAUUUUCCAUUGCUUCCCUCAUUAUCCAAUCAAAACGGCCACAAUGUUUGCAGAGAACAGAUUUGUUGUUGGUUCAUUCAGCGUUUUCAGGAAUGUGUGUGUCUGUGUGUGCGUGUGUGUGUGUGUCACUUGUCAUUGUUGUUUUCUUUAACACUCCAUUUCAUGUCGUUCUUUAAUGUAGCGUUCUAUUUUGGUUGUGUUAAGUUAAUGUAAGUUCUUCAGUCAUGUAUUUUUUUUUUUUUCCAAUUAAAGUCUAAUAACU